AAUUAGAGAAAUGCCCGAGGAGGUGCGUGUGGUUGAAACUAUCUCCGAAGACGGUAAACCAAAGAAGAAGAAGAUACGCACUCGUGUGAUUAAGAAGGUCAAGGGUGAAAACAAGAGGUCACGAAGAUCCAAACCGUUGAGGAAGAUGAUAAACAACCAGAAACCACAGUCACAGUUGAAGAAACACCUGUAGAAGAAGCGCCCGAAGAAGUUAAAGAAAUGCCCGAAGAGGUGCGUGUGGUUGAAACCAUCUCCGAAGACGGUAAACCAAAGAAGAAGAAGAUACGCACUCGUGUGAUUAAGAAGGUCAAGGGUGAUAAACAAGAAGUCACAAAGAUCGAGACUGUUGAGGAAGACGAUAAACAACCAGAAACCACAGUCACAGUUGAAGAAACCCCUGUAGAAGAAGCACCCGAGGAAAUUAGAGAAAUGCCCGAGGAGGUGCGUGUGGUUGAAACUAUUUCCGAAGACGGUAAACCAAAGAAGAAGAAGAUACGCACUCGUGUGAUUAAGAAGGUCAAGGGUGGCAAACAAGAGGUUACGAAGAUCGAAACCGUUGAGAAGAUGAUAAACAACCAGAAACCACAGUCACAGUUGAAGAAACACCUGUAGAAGAAGCACCCGAGGAAGUUAAAGAAAUGCCCGAAGAGGUGCGUGUGGUUGAAACCAUCUCUGAAGACGGUAAACCAAAGAAGAAGAAGAUACGCACUCGUGUGAUUAAGAAGGUCAAGGGUGAUAAACAAGAAGUCACAAAGAUCGAGACUGUUGAGGAAGACGAUAAACAACCAGAAACCACAGUCACAGUUGAAGAAACCUGUAGAAGAAGCACCCGAGGAAAUUAGAGAAAUGCCCGAGGAGGUGCGUGUGGUUGAAACUAUUUCCGAAGACGGUAAACCAAAGAAGAAGAAGAUACGCACUCGUGUGAUUAAGAAAGUCAA